CGCAGUGACAGUGCUGGGGGAGUCCGAAGAUGGCGGCGUCGCGUCGCUCUCAGCAUCAUCACCACCAUCAUCAACAACAGCUCCAGCCCGCCCCAGGGGCUUCGGCGCCGCCGCCGCCACCUCCCCCCCCACUCAGCCCCGGUUUGGCCCCGGGGACCACCCCAGCCUCCCCGACGGCGGGUGGCCUGGCCCCCUUCGCCUCCCCGCGGCACGGCCUAGCGCUGCCGGAGGGGGAUGGCAGCAGGGAUCCGCUCGACAGGCCCCGAUCCCCGGACCCGGUUGACAGUACCAGCUGUUGCAGUACCACCAGCACGAUCUGUACCGUCGCCGCCGCCCCCGUGGUCCCGGCUGUUUCUACUUCGUCUGCUGUCGGGGUCACUCCAAACCCAGGCUGCGGUGGCAGUAACAAUUCACCGUCGUCCUCUUCUUCCCCGACUUCUUCCUCGUCUUCCUCUCCAUCCUCCCCUGGAUCGAGCUUGGCGGAGAGCCCCGAGGCCGCCGGAGUUAGCAGCACAGCAACACUGGGGCCUGGGACGGCGGGACCUGGGCCAGGGGUCCCAGCAGUGAGCGGGGCCCUACGGGAACUAUUGGAGGCCUGUCGCAAUGGGGACGUGUCCCGGGUAAAGAGGCUGGUGGACGCGGCAAAUGUGAAUGCUAAGGACAUGGCCGGCCGAAAGUCUUCACCCCUGCACUUCGCUGCAGGUUUUGGGAGGAAGGAUGUUGUAGAACACUUAUUACAAAUGGGUGCUAAUGUCCAUGCUCGUGAUGAUGGAGGUCUCAUCCCGCUUCACAAUGCCUGCUCUUUUGGCCAUGCUGAGGUUGUGAGUCUGUUACUAUGCCAAGGAGCUGAUCCAAAUGCCAGGGAUAACUGGAACUACACCCCUCUGCAUGAAGCUGCUAUAAAGGGGAAGAUUGAUGUGUGCAUUGUGCUGCUGCAGCACGGAGCUGAUCCAAACAUUCGGAACACUGAUGGCAAAUCAGCCCUGGACCUGGCAGAUCCUUCAGCAAAAGCUGUCCUCACAGGUGAAUACAAGAAAGACGAACUCCUAGAAGCUGCUAGGAGUGGUAAUGAAGAAAAACUAAUGGCUUUACUGACUCCUCUAAAUGUGAACUGCCAUGCAAGUGAUGGGCGAAAGUCUACUCCUUUACAUCUCGCAGCAGGCUACAACAGGGUUCGGAUAGUUCAGCUUCUUCUUCAGCAUGGUGCUGACGUACAUGCAAAAGACAAAGGCGGACUUGUGCCUCUUCAUAAUGCAUGUUCAUAUGGACAUUAUGAGGUCACAGAACUGCUACUAAAGCAUGGAGCUUGUGUUAAUGCUAUGGAUCUCUGGCAGUUUACUCCACUCCAUGAGGCUGCUUCCAAGAAUCGUGUAGAAGUCUGCUCUUUAUUACUUAGUCAUGGUGCUGAUCCUACAUUAGUCAACUGCCAUGGCAAAAGUGCUGUGGAUAUGGCUCCAACUCCUGAGCUCCGAGAGAGAUUAACUUAUGAAUUUAAAGGACAUUCUCUAUUACAAGCAGCCAGAGAAGCAGACCUAGCCAAAGUUAAAAAAACACUUGCUUUGGAAAUCAUCAAUUUCAAACAACCACAGUCUCAUGAAACUGCACUGCACUGUGCUGUGGCUUCCCUGCAUCCUAAACGAAAACAAGUAACAGAAUUGUUACUUAGAAAAGGAGCCAAUGUUAAUGAAAAAAACAAAGAUUUCAUGACUCCCCUGCAUGUCGCAGCAGAACGAGCUCACAAUGAUGUCCUAGAAGUUCUGCACAAGCAUGGAGCAAAGAUGAAUGCACUGGACACUCUUGGUCAGACUGCUUUGCACAGAGCUGCCCUAGCAGGUCACCUACAGACCUGCCGCCUCCUGCUGAGUUACGGCUCUGAUCCCUCCAUCAUCUCCUUACAAGGCUUUACAGCAGCACAGAUGGGGAAUGAAGCAGUGCAGCAGAUUCUGAGUGAAAGUACACCUAUGCGCACUUCUGAUGUUGACUAUCGACUCUUAGAGGCAUCUAAAGCUGGAGACUUGGAAACUGUGAAGCAACUUUGCAGCCCUCAAAAUGUGAAUUGCAGAGAUUUAGAGGGCCGGCAUUCUACACCCUUACACUUUGCAGCAGGCUACAAUCGUGUGUCUGUUGUGGAGUACCUUCUACACCAUGGUGCCGAUGUCCAUGCCAAAGACAAAGGUGGCUUGGUGCCCCUUCAUAAUGCCUGUUCCUAUGGACACUAUGAGGUAGCUGAACUUUUAGUAAGGCAUGGGGCUUCUGUCAAUGUGGCAGACUUAUGGAAAUUUACCCCUCUACAUGAAGCAGCAGCUAAAGGAAAAUAUGAAAUCUGCAAGCUCCUUUUAAAACAUGGAGCAGAUCCAACUAAGAAGAACAGAGAUGGAAACACACCUUUAGAUUUGGUAAAAGAAGGAGACACCGAUAUUCAGGACUUACUGAGAGGAGAUGCUGCCUUGCUGGAUGCAGCCAAGAAGGGAUGUCUGGCAAGAGUGCAGAAGCUCUGUACUCCAGAAAAUAUCAACUGUAGAGAUACCCAGGGCAGAAACUCAACUCCUCUGCACCUAGCAGCAGGCUACAAUAACCUGGAAGUAGCUGAAUAUCUUCUAGAGCAUGGAGCAGAUGUUAAUGCCCAAGACAAAGGUGGUUUAAUUCCUCUUCAUAAUGCCGCAUCCUAUGGGCAUGUGGACAUAGCAGCACUAUUGAUAAAAUACAACACAUGUGUGAACGCUACAGAUAAGUGGGCAUUUACUCCUCUUCAUGAAGCAGCCCAAAAAGGAAGGACACAGUUAUGUGCCCUACUCUUAGCACACGGUGCAGAUCCAACUAUGAAGAACCAAGAAGGGCAGACACCUUUAGAUCUGGCAACAGCUGAUGAUAUCCGAGCUUUGUUGAUAGAUGCCAUGCCCCCAGAGGCCUUACCUACCUGUUUCAAACCUCAGGCUACUGUAGUGAGUGCCUCUCUGAUCUCACCAGCAUCCACCCCCUCCUGCCUGUCCGCUGCUAGCAGCAUAGAUAACCUCACCGGCCCCUUAGCGGAGUUGGCAGUGGGAGGAGCGUCCAACACAGGGGAUGGCGCAGCAGGUGCGGAAAGAAAGGAAGGAGAAGUUGCGGGUCUUGAUAUGAAUAUCAGCCAGUUCCUAAAAAGCCUUGGUCUUGAGCACCUUCGGGACAUCUUUGAAACAGAGCAGAUUACACUGGAUGUGUUGGCUGAUAUGGGUCAUGAAGAGUUGAAAGAAAUAGGCAUCAAUGCUUAUGGACACAGACACAAAUUAAUCAAAGGAGUAGAAAGACUCCUGGGUGGACAGCAAGGCACCAAUCCUUACUUGACUUUUCACUGUGUUAAUCAGGGAACUAUUUUGCUGGAUCUUGCUCCAGAAGAUAAGGAAUAUCAGUCAGUAGAAGAAGAGAUGCAAAGUACAAUUCGAGAACACAGAGAUGGUGGUAAUGCUGGUGGAAUCUUCAAUAGAUACAAUGUCAUUCGAAUUCAAAAAGUUGUCAACAAGAAGUUGAGAGAGCGAUUCUGUCACAGACAAAAGGAGGUAUCUGAGGAAAAUCAUAACCAUCACAACGAGCGCAUGCUGUUCCAUGGUUCUCCUUUCAUUAAUGCUAUUAUUCAUAAAGGGUUUGAUGAACGGCAUGCAUACAUAGGAGGAAUGUUUGGCGCUGGGAUUUAUUUUGCUGAAAACUCCUCUAAAAGCAAUCAGUAUGUUUAUGGAAUUGGAGGAGGAACAGGCUGCCCCACACACAAAGAUCGUUCAUGUUACAUAUGCCACAGACAAAUGCUUUUCUGUAGAGUGACCCUUGGAAAAUCCUUUCUGCAAUUCAGCACCAUGAAAAUGGCUCAUGCCCCUCCAGGACACCACUCGGUUAUUGGGAGGCCAAGUGUGAAUGGACUAGCGUAUGCAGAAUAUGUCAUCUACAGAGGAGAACAGGCAUACCCAGAAUAUCUCAUCACAUACCAGAUCAUGAAGCCGGAAGCUCCUUCACAGACUGCAACAGCCGCAGAGCAGAAGACCUAGUGAAUACCCACUGGUAAAGGCCAGAUCAGAUUUAAACCUAGGACUGGAUUAUAAUGAAUUAUUUCCAACAAAAUCAAUAUUCUAUAAAUCCCUGACAGCCUAGAAAUAAGCUGUUUGUCUUUUAUAAAGCAUUGCUAUAGUGAUGGAUAA